AUGGUUGGCAGAAGUCAGUCUAUGAUGAACAUGAUGUUGAAGGCAUUGCCUUCACGGUCCCUGAAUUCUUUACGAUCAUCCAAGUCCAACUCAGUUAUGACCAACUCAGUUAUAAACAACUACCAAACUAUUUCUAACCUCAUAUACCCGAGUCGGGCGGAAGAUUGUAUUUGUUCGGGAUAUCAGAUUGCAUUGGCGUUAAUCAUUUGCUAUGGUGGCUUCGAUGUGUGGCGGUCAUUACGACAAGUGAGCCGGAAGACAAGGCACGCCACCGAAUGUCUUGGUGUGUGGUUUCUGAUGACCAAGAUCAUCCGGGACGAGUUACAGAUGGCGAGCAGCGGGGCAUUGCCCGUCUUGGAGUCCACGGCUAGCUGUUCCAAGCAGGUUAGGCGUGAGUCGUUGGAGGCGUUGUCAUGGUUGCCUUUGGAGGCGUUGUUGAGAAACCCAAUCGCGUAUUUGCGGGCAUUCGACUUUGCUUGGGAGCAGUCUCCAAAUGUGCGGGGACUGACGUACACGCGGCUUGCCGCCUUUGGUACCUUCCCGGUCAAGGCGCGUCGUGCCCCUGCGGCGGGAAGACACUGCUGGAGAGUCUGCUGGGCGCCGCCGUUCGGAUCGCACGCUACCAUUGGCGUAGUUGGAAACCGGUGCCAAGUACGGGUCUCUAGUGAAUACUGCUCCUGGGUCGGACGACAGCCCCACAGCUGGGGCCUCGACCUCGUCAAUGGAACCAUCAUGCACGAAGGCAAGCAAGCUAGAACUCUAGAAUUUGAUCUAGUCAACGGAAAGACACCCUUAUUCGACCCCAUGGACAUGCGCCUCUUUGUCAACGCAGAUACCGGGCACACUCUUCUCGUCCUUAAAAUGAACGACGGCCGUCUAGAGUCAAGUAAGAACACACGCACACACCUUACGGCCGGCGGAAGAACCCUACCCUCGAUGGUUCGAGCCACGGACAUGUCCUUGUAG